AUGCCUGACUGUCGUGUUGUAUCCGUGUUUGGUGUAGUCCCUGAUAACCGUGGCAAUGACUGGGAUCAUCUUGCUGAGGAGUAUAAUGACAAGUUGUUUGCUGGCUGGCUACAAUUGCUUUUCCAGCAGUCCCCUGCCUUGCCGUCGAGGCUCGCAACCCAGCAUCGUUGUGGCACUGCACGGAUAGCUGAUGUCUCACAGUUUACCAAGGGCGCUUACAAUAUUUGCUGCAUUGUUACAUUUGAUGAUGAAUUCCGUGCACUUGUUCGGUUCCCAAUCCUGGGUAGAAGCCGAUUUCGGACGGAAAAGAGUCGAAACGAGGCUCCAGUCAUGAAACUCCUAUCUCAAAAUACCGCGCUCCCUGUCCCCGGCAUUCUUGGAAUGGGCCGAUGGGGAUGUGGCCCUUACCUUGUCAUAACUUUUAUUGAGGGAACGUUGUUCUUAAAUCCAAAUGUUUCCGACUCCGACAUUCAAAGUGCCUAUCGCGUAAUGGCGCAAGUUAUCUUGGUAUUGUCUAAACCAAUCUUUUCGUCUAUUGGAGCUCUGGAAGAGGGUUCCCAGAUGUGGAAAGUAGCUCAAAGGCCACUGACCCUCAAUAUGAACGAACUGGUGCGCGUUGGAAAUCUUCCUCCUGGCAUAUUUGCCGAAGGAACAUUCAGUACCGCGGGCGAAUAUUUCGAGGAACUCGCGAGACAGCAGCUUUCCCACCUUCAAUACCAACGGAACGAUGCUAAAUACAUAGCCCGCUGCCUUUCUAGGAAAAUCGCCCGGGAGUAUAAAAAGCAGCAGUUGGGUCCGUUCCAUCUUUACUGCGAAGAUUCGCGUCCGUCCAAUGUACUUUUUGCAGGACAAGACUUUUCACUCACUGGUGUUAUUUAUUGGAAAUUCACUUAUGUUGCGCCUGCCGAAUUUACCUAUACUGCACCCUGGUGGCUCCUCAUCGAGAGCCCCGAAGCUUGGGAGUCAGACUUGCAUGUAUUCUUGGCACGGUAUACACCACGCUUGCAUCUCUUCCUCAAUGCACUCCGAUCAUGCGAGGACGAGAUGAUCCGAAAGGGUGCAUUAAAGGAGUAUCAGCGGCUUUCAGAACGCAUGUCAGAGUCUUUGAAUAACGGGCUCUUUGGUUCUGCCUUGCUGCUAGGAAAAGCUACAUAUAGGCUUUCGCUUUUGCCACAGGAGUUGGACGGACUCAAGAUGUUUGUUUCUUCGAAGAUGCAACAACCCCGUGAGAACCACUUAGGCGAACAUAUGUCGAUGGGCAAGCUUAUUGAUCUUUAUUGCUAA